AUGCCGCGCACCUGCUCCCUCAACCGCGACACAAACGAGACCAAGAUCCAGGUCUCGAUAAACCUCGACGGCGGCGAACUCUCCCCCUACGAACACAGUGACUUCUGGGCCGCCCUCGACAAGAAGAACCUUAACGGCGAAAGCGAGAAGAUUGACAAAGACCAUGCCACCCAAAAAUCCGCAUCCCAAGAAAUCUCCGUCGACACAGGCAUCGGCUUCCUCGACCACAUGAUCCACGCUCUCGCGAAGCACGCUGGCUGGAGUCUACAGAUACGGUGUAAGGGCGAUUUGCACAUCGAUGACCAUCAUACAAGCGAGGAUGCAUGUCUAGCGCUAGGUACAGCAUUCAAGAAUGCCUUACAAGGGUCUACAGGACUGGCGCGGUUCGGAUACGCGUAUGCGCCACUCGACGAGGCGCUAUCUAGGGCUGUCAUUGACUUGUCCAACCGGCCGUAUAGUGUUAUUGAGUUGGGGUUGAAGCGAGAGAAGAUUGGCGAUCUCAGCUGCGAGAUGAUUACACAUUGCCUACAGAGCUUUGCGCAGGCGAGUGGGACGACGCUGCAUGUUGACUGUAUUCGGGGCGAGAAUGAUCACCAUCGGGCAGAGAGUGCGUUCAAGGCACUUGCGGUGGCGAUUAGGCAGGCGACGACAGUAGUGAAGAAAUGGGAGGGUGAGGUGAGGAGUACAAAAGGUGUCUUGUACUGA